AGUUUCCCUAAAUCAAAUCAGCAUGGCUAAUACUCCUCACGCCUCAACGGUUCCCUGUCCUCUCAACAUCUCUGGUAUUACCAUCAAUUUCAAGAAGUCAAAAAUGGAUAUAGAGUUUGCUGAAGUACGGAUGGGCGAAUUACGCAGUGUGCUGCAGAGUGUGCCACUGAUUGGAUGUAAAAGAAAAAAGAGAUUUCGAUGGACAUUUUCUCCACCCUGGGUGCUUUCUCAUAAGGAAAAUUUUUCCUUACAUAUGGAUUGCCUUGACAAGAAAGUAUGGUAUAGUAGGAAGACCGAAGAUUUUUCUUUCAACCCAGAUGACAUCUUCUGUGCGUAUGGUGCAAGCCAAGGACAAGACUACACUGCGUAUUAUAACAAAAUCAAAAUCGACGUCCAGUUUUUCAGGAAUACAACAACUAUUCCUCGGUUCCGAAUUCUGGUGAUAGGAAAGACUGGCGUCGGCAAGUCAUCAUUGAUCAACGACGUAUUUGGAGUGGAAGAAAUGAUCGAUUUGCGCGGGGCCAGCAUUGAUCAUGAGUUCAUCUCACCUCAGAACGACAAGUUUGUUCUCCACGGUGGCAAAGGUUUUGGACUCAGGGACAACCUCGAAACAAUCCGAGAUUUCAUUGACCGUCGGAGGAACAUGUCUCCGGAACAUCAGUUGCAUGCUGUUUGGCUCUGCCUUCAGACACCGCGUACAGGCAGACGUUUGCUAGACACGAGAACGAAAGAAUUUCUGACAUUGAAACGUAGUGGAAUACUGGGAAACGUUCCCGUCAUUGUCGUUCUUACUAAAUACGAUAGACUCGUUGAUCACAUACAGCUAACUCUAGAUAAAACCUUUAUCAAAGGAUUGAGCAAUGAAAAAAUCAAGGAACUCGCCAGGAAGAACGCAGAAACCGAGCUGCAGAAUAUCUGCAUCAGACCUCUAGAGAAAUUUGCAGGGUCUAAUAUUAGCCACGCUGCGAUCUCUACCAACGAAGACUAUGAGAAGACACUCACCCACCUGGUUCAGAUAGCUGAAAACUGUGUCACUCAGCAUUCUGCGUCCAAGGCUGCGGUGAUGAUUUCCAUCCGAGCUGCUCAACGAGUGGAUCCUGAACUCAAAAUAAAGGCAUCAUUCGAGAUUGCCAAGAAAAGAUAUCGGAAGACAUUUUCAUGUUGUUGCGCAAUAUUCAAGAAGCCCAAGAUGUGGGAUUUUCUACAUGCACUUCAUGACGACAUCAUCAAUGUGUGGAACUUCUAUGACCUUCAUCAUUACUUGGACAACCGAAAGUUCAGGGAAUCGAUAUCAAAAAUGAUCGAAGUUGGACCUACCAAAGGACAUCGACACUUCUUCAGCCUCGCGCCAGUGAUUCGACACAUCAUGUCCUACAUCGUCAACUUAACGCUUGUGUCGCAGACACUUUAUUUCGUGUCAGGACACCAGAAAAUCACUCGUAGGGCCAUCAAGCUCGCGGUCUCUUCCUACCUUGCCUCCCCAAUUAGAGCACAGGCUCGUGUUUGGAUUCAGACUUGUGAUAGGCAAUUGUCCAUCCUGGACCGCGUGGAUCGGGAUAGCAUCGUUGGGGUGAUAAGAUCUCAUAGCAUCAAUGCGACACAAAGGGUUGAACGUCGGGAAAACACGCAAUGGGCUGCACCUCCACAAUGGACCGCACGUCGGGAGAACACACAAUGGGCUGAACGUCCACAAUGGGCCGAGCCUCGGCAAAACAUUCACAUGAGUGCCCCCAUUCAUACUCCCGCUACCAUAAUUCACCCUAAUCCUACCAUGAACUAUCAUACUAUUAUGGCGGAACGUCCACAAUGGGCCGAACCUCAGCAAAUCAUUCACAUGAGUGCCCCCAUUCAUACUAUGGACCAUCAUAUUAUGGCCGAACCUCCACAAUGGGCCGAACCUCAUCAAAUCAUUCACAUGAGUUCCCCCAUUCAUACUAUGGACCAUCAUAUUAUGGCCGAACCUCCACAAUGGGCCGAAGGUCGGGAAAACAUUCACAUGAGUGAUACUCCCGCUAUCACAAUUCACUCUCUUUUGAAUUAA